GUUUGGUUUGCAACAGCUUUACGAAACUUCUAGGUACUACUAUUUCUGCCAAUUGAGUUAAUAAAAAUAUUUGUAAUCUACGUUACUCUAUAAUAAUUAAUUAUCCAUAAUUGAUGGAAAUUGCUUAUACAUAAGUGAAUAUGGCUUUACCUCAGAAAAAAUAUUACCGGCAGCGCGCACAUUCUAACCCUAUAGCUGAUCACUGUUUUGAAUACCCUACACAUCCAGAAGAAUAUGAUUGGACUGCUUUAUAUCCAAUUUUAUAUGAGAAUGGAAAAAGGAAAGUGGAGUUUCUGGAUGUUGGGUGUGGUUAUGGAGGACUUUUAGUUACACUAUCUCCAAUGUUCCCUGAAAAGUUAAUGCUGGGUUUAGAAAUAAGAGUCAAAGUUUCAGAUUAUGUAAAUGAUCGUAUUAAAGCAUUAAGGAUACAGCAACCAGACAUGUACCAAAAUAUAGCAGUGUUGCGUACAAAUGCAAUGAAAUAUUUGCCAAAUUUUUUUCAUAAAGGGCAGCUAAAGAAGAUGUUCUUUUUAUAUCCUGAUCCACAUUUUAAAAAAGCCAAACACAAAUGGAGGAUAAUAAAUAAAUGGCUGUUAUCAGAAUAUGCUUAUGUACUAGCAGUGGGUGUAUGUGACUUUUUUAAAUUAUUAUUUCUCAUAGAACUAAUUACUUUUUUUGUCAUAAUUAAUAUAUUACUUAUAUUUUUAGGGUGUUGUAUAUACAAUCACAGAUGUUAAAGACUUACAUGAAUGGAUGGUUUUACAUUUUGAUGAACAUCCUCUAUUUGAAAGAAUUUGUGAAGAAGAAUUGAAAGGUGAUCCCAUUGUAGAAAAGCUAUAUGAGAGUACAGAGGAGGGACAAAAAGUAACUAGAAAUAAUGGAGAUAAAUAUUGUGCCAUCUAUAAAAGGAUUUCUGAUAAAUGUAAAGACAAUUAAUUGAUAAAGCAAGUUUAUAAUUCUUAUAUAUUAUAAUAAGGCAUUAUAUGGUGUGACCAAUAAAGAUGUAUUCUUACAUAAACAAUUCAAUUCUUAUUUAAUUAAUUUUUUCUCCAAUAAACUAACCCAUCUACUCAAUGAACGUGAAAUACUUAGGUGUCGGCGCAUAUAAGUAGCCCCUGCAAGCAUCCACUCUUUUCUAUCUAUCCACAUUUUUUGUGAUAAUAAAGACAACAUAAGCGCAGCCCAUAUUUCUGAACUAUGUGGAUACACAUGUAAUCCUUUUUUAGCUAUUAUGAAUGCUUUAUCUUUGUCACCAGCUAUAUGCUCAGCAAUACUGGCAGUGGAAAUUAUUUUAGCAGAAUCAAAUUUCUGACUAUUAUGGUUAUCAGAACACAUGGCCCUUUGGGCACAACGACUAGCAAUUUUUGCUCUAGCUGUUGUCUUAAGACAAUAUUCAGCCAUACAGAACCAAAGAUUUGCAUUGUUAGGAUGAUCAUGAAGAGAGUCACUCAACAAUUUAACUGCUUGCUCUACAUUUCCUUCAAAUAUACACAAAUAAGACUUUAAAAAUCCGAUAUCAAAACCAUAACUAAAAUCAGUUUCAUAUUUUUUCAACUCUUCCAGUGCAAGUUUAGUCAAACUUUGGUCUGAAUGUAUUAAACCUAAAGAGCAAAUCCCGAACAAGCUGUAAGCUGUUGGUUUUUUCUGAGACAAUUGUAUACUGUGGAAUAAGAUAGUUUUGGCAUCAUCAGCUCCUUUAAACAUAUACAUAAUACCAGCCAUGGCAACUAGUAGAUCAGCUUUUUCAUUAUCAUUAUUGCUCAACCAAUGUAGAGCAGUAUCAUAUACUGAAUAAGAUUCUUCAUACAGACCCUUUUUAAACAAUGCUAGUGCUAAUCCACAUGUAGAAUUUAAGCUUGCUUCUGUAAUAGCUUUGUAUACUUUUAUGGCAUCUUCAUAUUUCUCCAUUCUUAGUAAAAUCCGUCCUAUAUUUAAUAAAAUCAUAUUCUUUUUAUCAUCUCCAGCAUACUUUAAGGCAUUCUCAUAUGAUUUUAAUGCUACUCUAAGCAGACCACUUCGUUCUAGUAAAAUACCCAGAAUAUUACAGGCGCAUGCAUUACUUGGUUCAAAAUUACAAUACCAUUCCAUCAAAUCAAUAGCAUAAUUGAUAGCAUAUAAACCUUCUAUGAUAUAUUUGUACUCAGGGUCUUCAUUAUGUUUACAAUCCUUUAAUGUUCGGCAUACCCAAUCUGCAUAGCCAAGUGCACUUUCAGGAUGAUAACCCAAACGUGAAGCAUGCCUGAAUAGAUCCAUAGCCUCUUCUUCACGAAUUGAUUCAGCUAUCAAAGCUUGACCAAUCCAACUUUGAGGAUGUGAUGGCAGUGUAGACUGUCCUCGCCAGAAACAAUAAUUAGCAAGUUUAAAAAGUUUUAAUUUUAAGUACAAAGUACCUAAGUUACACCAAAUUUUUGCCACAGCCCAUUUCCUUGUAACUGAUAAUGCUUUAAUAAAACAGUGUUGUGCAAAGUUAAACUUUUUUAUAAAUAAACAGAUUUUACCAAGUAAAUUCCAGUUACGCCAUGAAUUAGGGUUAUCCUUUAUACAGACAAUUACCAAAUUAAAGGAAAUAUGACAGUUAGUUAUGUUAUUAGACUCAUGAUAAUAAUCAAGAUAAGCGGAUGCUAAAUCAUAAGAUGCUAAUAGUUGUUUUUGUUUGGCAAUAUGUGAAUAGCAAGAAAUUGCUUGGGGAAAUAUAUCUAGUUUUUCUUUUCUUGAAAUUUCGCUAUUUUCAGGUGGUGAGUUUUUCAUGUUAACAUAAGCAAACUUGUUUGGUAGUUUUGUUAUAAAUAUUAAAGUGUCACCAAGUAAUUUCCAUAAACAGAUUUUUUUCUUUUCUUUUGAGAUUGCUUCUAUAAUGUAAUCUAUAGCAUAUUGAGCACAAUCUCUAGCAGUUCCAUAUAGCUUCGCUGAUACUUUUUUCAUUGCAAUCUUAAUCCAUGUUUCAGCUAUUCCUUUUAAAGCUAAUAAGGAUAAUGGAUCAAUAAGUAACACUUUUUUGAAUGUGGUUAUGGCAUCUUCAUAUUGUGUUAAUAAAGAAUAAAUAUAACCAAUUCUAGUAAGGCAGUGCAAAUUUUUGUUUGGAUCCAUGAGAAUCACCUUAUUAUAGGCUCUUAAUGCAGAUAUAUAGGAACCACGUGAAUAAUAUGCAUCAGCUAGGCACUCAAAGGCAGUUAUAUUAUUAUGGUCGCAUUUAAUUACAUUUCGGAAAUUGAUGAUAGCAGUUUCCCACUCUCUUCUAUUAAGACAAUGUAACCCUAACCUAAAAUAUAUCCAAGACUCCUUUGAUGGAAGGUUUUUCUCAGCAGAUACAAGUAACUCAAAAUCAAUAUUUUUGAGCUUUAAGUGACUAUAUGUUACACUCAAUCUGUUUACAAUGUUUGGGUCAUAAUUGCAUAAGUUGUAAGCUUUUUCAUAACAUUUUCUUGCUUUUUCAUAGCAAUUUUUCAUAAAAUAAUAGUUUCCAAGGUAAAAGAAGGUAGCUCCAUGUUCAGGGUCAUGUUUGGCAGCUUUUAAGAAAUUUAUUAAUGAUUUUUCAUAUUCUUUUAGUUCCCAGAAUGCCCUUCCUAAAUAAAAAUAUUUUAGUGAAGAAUCAACAACGUUUUCUAGCAAUGAAAUGGUUUCUCUACAUUUAUUUUGUUUCAAAAGCAAGAGAGCUUGAAGCAUUGGAUAAUGUUCGGUGUUAAACAAGUUCUUUAGUAAGUCAUCUGGGUUUUCAUUGUUUUCUAUGUAGCACUCAGCUAAUGCAGCUUGCUCAACAGUACUUAAUAUAUUCUUAUGAAUAUCUUUGGCGACAGAAAUUGCUUGUUUCCACUUUUGUUGUUUUGCAAGUGACAUAAAUAAAAAUUUCUGGAGAUCAUUGGCAAACUGUAGAUCUUUGACUUUAGUCAAAAAAUUUGUUGCUAGUUUUUGUGUAACUGUCCAUUUCUGCAACAUCAUGGUGCACUUAAUGAUUAAAGUAGCUUCUGUGACAUCUACCUGAUGGUAAUUAACUAAUGGGACACAUUGUUUAUAUGCAUCUAUGAAAUUACCCUUGUCAAAUGCUAUCAUACUUUUUAUUAAAGCUGCAUAUUUUGAGUUUUCUAUUUCAAAUGUAAUUUUUUCAAUAUAUUUUUCAAUAUCAAAAUUACAAAAGGACAUAUUCUUAAUAUAUUCUUUACACAAAUGACAGCAUAGCCAUUCUCUCAAUAGGAUAUUUGUAGAGAAAUAUUUAAGAUUAAUAAUUUCUUCAACAGCUGAUGCAAAGUCAGUUUUCUGAGCAAUUACUUUUGCUAUAAGAACUUGUAACAUUUCACCAUCAUUUUGGGACAUUUCAUUGAGAAUACAAAUAACUGGAUCAACAUCUUCCCGUCUACAUGGAACAUCAGCUCUUAAUAGAUCAAAUAUUUGAUUUUUAGCCAACUCUCUCACUUUGUCAGUUUUGUUCUCUGAUAUAUAACUGAUGAGUGAAUGUAUACAUUCUGUAUCUUUCAAAGUACAACCUAACUGGCCAAAUUUAUGCAGGAUUUCUAAUGCUUUAUCAUCCUCUAUUUGUAAUUUUAACAUUUCUUUGUAUGUAAAUAACAACUUAGAUUUAGCAGAAUCAUCUUCUUUCCUUUCGUAAUAAUUGGCCAAUCCUUGCCAAGCUAACAGUUGGUCUGGUUUAGCAGCAAUUGCCUUUUGAAAAGCCAGAGGAGCUUGAUCGCUAUCUUGCAGGGACUUACCUAGUAAGAUCAAUGCAAAAUAAUUUUGUUUAUCCUUUCGUAAAAUGUUUUUACAACAUUCAGUUGCCUCCUUGAAAUUCUUUUCAUCAAUCAGUUUUCUGGCUUCUUUGAGGAGCGUUUUUACAUCGGACAUCUGCAAUUAAACCAAACGUCAAAGAAGCAAAAAAUUUACAGAAGAUACAUAGGUACAAAACGGCUAGACAGUUAAUAGAUAUUAAAGGAAAAGUGCUUACUUUCAGUUAAAUUCAAAUCAACGAAAAG